UGCUUGUCACGCUGCAGAAGCUCACUGAUUCCCUUGGUGUUUCAGGCCCGGCGGUUGUCCCUCACCAGUACUAUGGAGUUACGCCCUGGGGAGUUUAUCCUGCCAGUCUCUUCCAGCAGCAAGCCGCCGCCGCUGCCGCCGCCACUAAUUCGGCGAAUCAGCAGACCACCCAGCAAACCCAGCAGGGCCAACAGCAGGUUCUACGCGGGGGAGCCAGUCAGCGUCCUCUGACCCCAAAUCAGAACCAGCAGGGACAGCAGACUGAUCCGCUGGUGGCUGCUGCAGCUGUCAACUCUGCCCUGGCCUUUGGACAGGGGCUGGCAGCGGGGAUGCCAGGUUACCCAGUGCUGGCUCCUGCUGCGUACUACGACCAAACAGGUGCUCUCGUGGUGAACGCGGGGGCCAGGAAUGGCCUGGGGGCCCCCGUCCGUCUGGUAGCCCCUGCCCCAGUCAUCAUCAGCUCCUCUGCGGCACAAGCAGCGGUUGCAGCGGCUGCAGCUUCCGCCAACGGGGCAGCGGGCGGCCUGGCAGGAACGACAAACGGACCGUUUCGCCCUCUAGGAACACAGCAGCCCCAGCCCCAGCCCCAGCAGCAGCCCACCAACAACCUGGCAUCCAGCUCGUUUUACGGCAACAACUCUCUCAGCAGCAAUUCCCAGAGCAGCUCACUCUUUUCUCAGGGCUCUGCCCAGCCUGCCAACACUUCCUUGGGAUUCGGAAGCAGCAGCUCUCUGGGUGCCACGCUGGGGUCUGCGCUGGGAGGCUUUGGGACAGCAGUUGCUAACUCCAACACGGGCAGCGGCUCCCGACGAGACUCCCUUACAGGGAGCAGUGACCUGUACAAGAGGACAUCCAGCAGUUUGACACCUAUAGGACACAGUUUUUAUAAUGGCCUUGGGUUUUCCUCCUCUCCUGGACCCGUGGGAAUGCCUCUGCCCAGCCAAGGACCUGGCCACUCUCAGACUCCACCACCUUCCUUGUCUUCACAUGGAUCAUCUUCAAGUUUAAACCUGGGUAAGUGCCACAGUGCCCCUGUCCCUGCACUGCCGCUUGCUGCUCUGCACUCCCUCGGUGCGGAGUGA